AUGGCAGACAAGAUCAUACCUAGCAGUAUCAAGAUACCUCCUGCUGAGGUGAAAGAGACGAUAGAUAAAACUGUUGGUUACGUAUUAAAGAAUGGCUCAUCGUUCGAGGACAGAUUAAAAAAUAAUGAAGGAUCAAAUGAAAAAUUCACCUUCUUGAAGAAGAAUGAUGCUUACAACGAUUACUAUCAAUGGAAAUUGGGCAAUGUUAAUGAUUCUCAUGUGCAAGAUGGAGAUGUUAAAGUAGUUAAUGCUGAGAAUGAGACGGUGAAAGCACCUCUGGAACUUCAUUUUAUCUCCUCGAAUCCUCCUAUAUCAUCGUUAGACUUGGACAUUAUAAAGUUAACCGCUCUUUUUGUAGCUCGAAACGGUAGCAAGUAUGUGGAACAUUUAAUUACGCACCAGACACAACAGUCGAAUAAAGCUCAAUUUGAGUUUCUUCACGAAAAGCAUUCAUUACAUCUGAUAUUCCAAAAAUAUGUUAAACAGUACGAAAUGGUCCUAAGUUUGUAUACUGACUCUGACGAUGAAAAAUCACAGGAAAUCAUUAAAAGGCUUUCACACCCCGAUGAUAUAUUUGAAUCUGCCUAUCGCAGAGCACAUUAUAAUAAGCAACAUAAAGCUGAAUUACAGAACGAGAAAAAGGUGGAGGAACAGAAAAAAUUAGCAUAUACGUCUAUUGAUUGGCAGGACUUCGCCAUUGUUGGGCAAAUAGAAUUUGAUGCUGUGGACGAGGUUCGGGAGUUGGCGAUUCCUUUAAGAAGAGAAGAUUUGAUUUAUAGAUCAUUGGAAUCGAAACAGAAGGAAUUAGAUUUAGCAAAAGCAAAAGCACAACCUAAAUACGAGUCCCAAGAUACCACACCAGAAAGAAGCGAAACUGAAGUGGCAAAGCAUCCAAAGCCUAAGGGUAUGAAGAUCAGGGCUGCUGGAGAAUCGAGAUUGAAAAAUAAGUCCAAGCCAAACAACUCAGCUGCAAGUGAUAUGGCAGGCCAUAUAAAAUGUCCUAUUACCGGAAAGUUUAUACCAGAACUGCAAUUCGAUAAUCACCUAAAAGUGCUAUUGAGAGAUCCUCGUUACAAAGAACAACAAGACAACUUUGUCCGUAAGAACUUCACAUACUCAUCAAAUUUAACAACGGACGAGGUUUACGAUAAUAUAAAACGGUUAGCAAGAAAAAGAGAGGGAACGCAAGAUGGAGAAGAGCCCAUUUCCAAGAAACCAAAUCAAAUUGGCCCGCAUUAA